GCACACACUUUGGUCACACUGUGCGUGACAUUGAGUUGACAUUUUGCUUUAGUUUUAAUUAUAAUUACAAUUUAUCCGCCAAGUAAGUGACCCCGAAAAAGCACAGAACUCCGCACGGUGCAGCAGUGCGUGCCACUCCACCGACCAGCCCUUUGGAGAAUGACCGGGUGCAGCGGAUUCUAGGGAUUCGUCUAGCGUGUGGGGUGAAUAGGCGAUCCGACGAGCAGUUCGAUUGGGGAUAUUGGGGGGCAACGCCGAAGCCGAAGCCACCGCCUCCUCCUUCUCCCCCUGCAUCGCCGAAGAGCCACCACAACAAACGAUCCGAUCCAAUCCGACAUUAUACAAGCUGACGGGGAAAGGUGCCUCUUUGACAGCCACAGCCAUGCGUUCACGGAGCAAUUCGGGCGUCCGCCUGGACUACUAUCAGCGUAUCGUUCACCGGCUGAUUUUGGCCCAUCAGGAGCCCGUCACCGGCCUCUUUCCCGCCUCCAAUGUUAACUCGCACGCCUGGAUUCGGGACAAUGUGUACUGCAUCCUAGCCGUUUGGGGUCUCUCCAUGGCGUACAAGAAGAUUGCCGAUCAGGACGAGGAUCGUGCCAAGUGCUAUGAGCUGGAACAGAGCUGUGUGAAGCUGAUGCGCGGCCUUCUAAUGGCCAUGAUGAACCAAAAGGACAAGGUGGAGAAGUUCAAGAUGACGCAAAGUCCCUACGAUUCCCUCCACGCCAAGUAUUCGAGCAAGAACGGCCUGCCCGUUGUGGGUGACAAUGAGUGGGGCCAUCUGCAGAUCGAUGCCGUGUCCCUGUAUCUCCUGAUUCUGGCCCAGAUGACGGCCUCCGGUUUACAGAUUGUCUUCUCCUUGGACGAAGUGUCCUUCAUCCAGAAUCUGGUCUUUUACAUUGAGUCGGCGUACUCCAUUCCGGAUUAUGGGAUCUGGGAGCGUGGCGACAAGACCAAUCAUGGUGAGCCCGAGCUGAAUGCCAGCUCCAUUGGAAUGGCCAAGGCGGCUCUGGAGGCCAUGAACGAGCUGGAUCUGUUCGGAGCACGCGGCGGCCCCGCCAGUGUCAUCCAUGUGCUGGCCGACGAGGCGCACAAAUGCCAGGCGGUGCUCCAGUCGAUGCUACCGCGUGAGUCCAACAGCAAGGAACUGGAUUCGGGACUGCUCUGUGUUAUUGGCUUCCCAGCCUUUGCCGUGGACGAUGCCCAGCUUAUACACAAUACGAAGGACGCCAUCCUGUCCCGAUUGCAGGGCAAGUAUGGCUGCAAGCGAUUUCUGCGCGACGGAUACCGCACCCCGAAGGAGGAUCCCUCGCGGCUCUACUACGAGCGCUGGGAGCUGCGCAUGUUCGAGAACAUUGAGUGCGAGUGGCCGCUGUUCUACUGCUACCUGAUUUUGUUCCAUGCCUUCCAGAGCGACAAGCGCUCGGUGCAGGAGUACGCCGAUCGUUUGGAGAAGAUAAUGGUGCGCUCGGAGGAUGGCAUACUGCUUGUGCCCGAGAGCUAUGCCGUGCCGCAGGAUCUGGUGGGCUUUGAGUACCAAAAGCCGGGCUCACAGGCCCGCGAAGUGGUCGGUCGGUGUCCCUUCCUCUGGGGUCAGUCGCUCUUCAUUCUGGGCCGACUGCUGCAGGAGGGUUUCCUGGCCGUUGGAGAGUUGGAUCCCCUCAAUCGUCGUCUGGGGGCGCAAAAGAAACCUGACGUUGUCGUCCAGGUGGUGAUCAUAGCCGAGGAUAAUGAGAUCCGGGACAAGCUAGCCGAACACGAUCUGCAUGUCCAGACAAUUGCCGAGGUGGCACCCAUUGAGGUGCAGCCAGCCCGCGUGCUCAGCCAUUUGUACACGUACCUCGGGCGCAACCGGAAGCUGGGAUUAAGCGGCAGAAAGUCGCGCGACGUGGGCAUUCUUAGUACCAGUAAGCUGUACUCGCUAAAGGAUCGCAUAUUCGCGUUUACGCCGCAGCAUAUCGACUAUGAAGAAUAUUAUACAACACGCGAUCCCGAUUUGCUUGCCAGCAAUUUUACCACAAAUUUAGCAUUCUUGACCAACAAUUGGCGUCACAUGUUGGGCAGGCCGACAAUCACACUAAUGGCAACCCACUAUAUGCUAGAUCAGGACAAGAUACCGCUGGCCAUGAUCCAGACGAUGAGGAAACUCAAGUCGGGCUACAUCAACGGCACCCGGGUGAUGCUGGGCAGUUUGAAGGACUUCCUCAACACCUCCGCCAUCACUGACUUGAGUUUUUUGGGCAGCACGGAGGAUGGCUAUCCGGAUCGCUUGCAUCCGGAUGUGCAGACCUAUCUGGAUGAGCAUCUGCUCAGGUCGUUUAGCAAUCGCAGCACCAUGAAUCUCCGGGGCGGCCAACUGCGUCCCCGGACCCUGAGGCGUCGCAUGUCCUGCAAGGGAGCGAUCAAGAAGACGCGCUCCAUCAAUGUGGACUCUGACAACCUGGGCAUGGAGGGACCCUCGCCACUCACCGAGCGCCGCCUGUCCUCGAUCGUUCCGCCGCCCUGGCUGCAGCCGAACAAGCAGAGCCAUGUCAGUGUCUUUGCCACGACACCGGAGGAGGGACCCAGCUCGCCGAGGCAGCUGGGCCAUGAGCUAUCCGUCCGGGAGAACAUAUAUCCCGUAGAUCCGCAUAACAGUACUAGAUCGGCGAUCGACAGGCGCAGCGAGUUUGUCCGCCAGCAAGAGAUAACAGUGCCAAAAAUUCUCAUCCAACGCCAUCGUGCCGACACAAAUUUUGCUGAAACAGAGGUCGAGGAGCUGAUCGCAAUGCUACGCGAAACGGAGAAUCUCGAGGAGCAGGGCGACAUCCUGCAGUACCUGGUGGAUACCCAGGGUCUGGACUUUAAUACGGCUGGCCUGGGAUUCAAGAAUAAGUCCGAUGAUAGCGCCAACGCUAACAACGCAGCUGCCGAGCUCGACCAAGCGUUUAUGGAUGAAGUGGUGCUGGAACUGGCGGCUGGUGGUGGUGGUGGUGCUGCAGGUGGUACAAGUGGUGCAGGUGCAGGUGCAGGUGCUACUGUUGCUGAUGAGCAGCAGGUGAAGCACAAGCCGGCGAUUACUUUGCCCACGGUGAUCAUCGACGCCGCUACAAUUCCAGCUGCGCUUAGCUCCGAUCCGGAUAAUGCCAACACUAGCCACACCAGCGGCAGCAGCAGCAGCGGCAGCAACCACCACAACAGCAGCAACAUCAACAGCAAUCCACCACACGAAAAUAACAACGAUUCUUCCCAAUCCGAAGGCAUGCUGGAGGAGGGACGUGUGGUUACCGUGCGGGAUCUGCUCAAGGGACUGUACGAGAAGGCCUGCCAGCAGAAGCUCUGGGGCCUGGUCCGGCACACGGCCGGCAUGCUGGGCAAGCGUGUGGAGGAUCUGGCCAAGGCGGUGACGGAUCUACUGGUGCGUCAGAAGCAGGUGACAGUCGGCAUGCCGCCGAACAAUGAGCACACCAUUACGGCACCGCUGCCGGAAGUCGAGCUGCGACAGUUGAUCCAUGAUGCCUACGGCGACGAUGAGAGUACAGCGAUGCUGACACAGGAGCUGAUGGUCUAUCUGGCCAUGUUCAUUCGCACGGAACCGCAGCUGUUCCACGAGAUGCUGCGCCUGCGCGUGGGCCUCAUCAUCCAGGUAAUGGCCAAAGAGCUGUCGCGCACACUCAACUGCGAUGGCGAGGCGGCGUCGGAGCAUUUACUUAACCUAUCGCCAUUCGAGAUGAAGAAUCUCCUGUACCACAUACUCAGUGGAAAGGAGUUUGCUGUCAGCAGCGUGGCUCGUGGCAAUCUAUCCAUUGUUAGCUGCAAGAGCAGCCGCGUCAGCAAGAAGAGCCAAAUCGGUUUGGGUGACCCGGAGGGCGAGGAUGCCCUUAUAGCCACCAUUGACGACAGGCAGGGACAGUGGCUGCGUCGCAGGCGCCUGGAUGGUGCCCUAAAUCGUGUGCCCCGUGAUUUUUACUCCCGCGUCUGGACGGUUUUGGAGAAGUGCCAGGGCCUGGCCAUAGAGGGACGUGUCCUGCAGCAGAGUCUCACCCAGGAAAUGACCCCAGGCGAAUUGAAGUUUGCCUUGGAAGUGGAAACGGCUCUCAACCAGAUACCCCAGCCGGAGUAUAGGCAAUUGGUGGUCGAGGCCCUUAUGGUGCUGACCCUCGUUACCGAGCACAACAUGGUGCCCACUCUCGGUGGAAUUAUCUAUGUGGAGCAUCUGGUGCAUAAGGCCAAUCAGUUGUUCCUUGAGGAUCAGCGAAAGGUACAGGGGGAUGCCACCCUAUGCUGUGCGAAGAUUAAGGACGGCAAGGAGCAGCAGCAGGCUGCCUCAGGAAUGCUACUUUGCGGCGGAGCCGCUUACAUCUGUCAGCACCUAUACGAUAGUGCUCCCAGCGGCAGCUAUGGAACCAUGACAUACAUGUCCCGAGCAGUGGCCCUUGUCCUGGACUGUGUGCCCAAGCACGGCGAGAUGGAGUGCGCCAUCUCCUAAAGCGGAUGCGGAUGUCUCCACUUAAAAAAAAAAUGCCAAUCUCUUUUCCAACUUUGGAAAAACGUCCGUUCUCGAUCGCUCGCCGUUACUCUCUCUCUUUCGUUCCCGCGCGUUAUUGUUAUUCUCUCUUUCUCUCUCUCCCUUUCAUUCUCUCUCUCUCUCUCUCUUUGACCCCUUGAAGCCCAACGACGCCUCCACCACCGCCUGUAUAUAUAUUUUGUUCCAAAUCACAUUUCGUUAGUGUGUUUUUGUUUGUUUUUUUUUUUUUGACGCGAGUUUCAGUAUCGUAUUAUCCGGCCUUUGGAUGAUACUCCUCCUCCACGCGAACCUCGAACCCUAAACGAAUUAGUUAGUCAACGCGCGCAGCGACGACAACACUUUUGAUUGUUUUAACUUUUAUAUAUUAAUUAUAAAAGCUACUAUUUUAUAUUAUAACGUUUGGACUGUGAAGUUGAACGAACGCGCAGCAAUAUUUACAAUAAAAAUGUGUUUGCAAUGUU